AUGUCACUGGAAAUGACUACCGCUGUUCAUCAAUCGCGAAUCGAAGAGAAGUUUGCUGUGAUUAAGAAAAGUGCCACAGAGUUCGUUGGCAAAUACCCGCUUGAGGCCUUUUCGGAUGCUGCCAGAGGCACCUACGGUGGUGAUUUCGUGGCACAGUCGCUUGUGGCCGCGUGGGAAACCGUGGAAGACAAGCUGUUCCAUCCCCAUUCCUUGCACGCCUACUUCUUGAAGGCUGGCCUGGUUCAUUCUGUCAUGAGAUACGAGGUGGAACCUAUGACGGACGGCCGUAACUUCUGCUCGCGUCAGGUGAAAUGCUACCAGCUGCACUCAAACCAACUCUGCUUCAUUCUCAAUGCGUCUUUCACCAAGGACAAUUCCAUCGCCAGCAGGAAAGAGAAGUUUAGCAAGUUGACCGAGGAAGAGCAGCAUCACAAGCACGCCAAGGUUCCUUUGGAGUUCAUGCGUAAGCCCAAUGCGCUUUUUGACAAGUAUAUGGACAAAGUGGACACCCUUCCGCAGUUUGAACACACCAAUGGAAACAUGACACAUGCUAUUCCACCAGAGACCAUGAAGUACAAAACCGAUAAGACUACUGAGCCAGGAAGCAAGCUGUUUGGACUUUUUGGCAAGGUGAAUGACGAUUUGGAGAAUGCUAAGGAUAGAAUCAGUGCCAGCAUCAUUGACUUUGCUUUCCUCUCGGACUCGUUCUACUUAUCUACUUUGGUUAGAGCUAUGAAUAUCAACAUGCACGAUGAGGAUGCCACAAACUUCUUCCGUGUGUCCUUGGAUCAUGCCAUCUUCUUCCAUGAUGCUGACUUUGACCCCACCGAGUGGAUGUUCAUAGACUACCUGUUUUCUCGUAUGAGCAACAACCGUGCACUUGUAACUGCACAGUUCUACACCAAGGAGAAGAAGUUGGUAGCUACGGUACAGCAGGAAGCGCUUGUAUUUAUCCCCAUGGAUGUGGCGAAGAAGACCUCUGGAGGAUCUUACAAGCUUUGA